ACAAUAAUAAUAAUAAGUAAUAAUUAGAUAACUAUAGCAAUCUUUAUUCUGAAAUCUGAAUAUGUCGAUAAGAUCGUCAUCUUUUAUUUGCAAUCAUUGACAUGUGAUUGGCAUCAGUAUCAAGAUUCAAGACUCGAAUAUCCUGAUGAAACGAGCGAAUUUACGCACACACAUAUGCGAUUUACCAAGGACUUCUGGCAGCAAUCUGCCGAAAUUACCUCCAAACGCAAGAUUCUAUAACCGUUGGAAGCGAAAUCUUCAGAAGCUUGUCCUUGUUUCCAUUCGAUAUCCUUUAACGCGUUUAAUCUUCCGCAGCCAAGCAGCUAUUGCUUUCGAAAAAAAAAAACAUUCAAGAUCAUCUCAUCGAUGGAUGAUUCAUCCAUGUAGUAUAUUAAGGUUCUACUGGAAUGCCAUAAUGACUGUCAUUUAUUUAUAUAUUUUUAUGACAGUUCCAUAUAUUAUAUGCUUCUAUAGAAUUGGAAAAAGCAGCGGUCCUGAAUAUUGGGAUAUUGUAUAUCCAAUUUACGUUGUUUGUAUUAUUGACAUGUUCCUAAAUUUUAUUACCGGAUUUGUAUCUACGGAUGGACGUGAAAUUUUUCUUGAUAUCACUCUAGUAGCACGACGUUAUGUGAAAGGAUAUUUCUUCGUUGAUCUUAUCAGUUCAAUACCUUAUACGUGGAUUUAUCCAACAAGUAUCUUACCACCUGGUCCAAGUUCGAAUUCUGCGUUACUUGUCUUUGAAUUUUUGCCUGUUUUAAAAUUGAUUCGUAUACCUACAGUACAGCAAAAUGUUCAACAGAUCAAUACAAGUUUUGGGAUUUCUCAAGUUCAACAUCUAAUAAUAUGGCUCAUUAUUUUGACAUUAUUAAUUUUUCAUUGGAGUAGUUGUGUAAGUUACGUCUUUCCCUACAUUGUCAUGCAUAUACAAAGGAAAACGAUAAAAGUAUAUAACUCAGAUGUAUAUUGCAUUUUAACAAAACUUCAUGAUAAAUCUGACUGGAAGGUAUAUUUAAUAUUUUUGCAUAUUGGUGUAAGUAAUUUGAUUGGCUCCAAUUUUGUGGAAUUCAAAAACUUUGGUAUUUUGGAUACAAUAAUAAGAUACAUACUCCUCUUUUUGGGAAAAAGCUACAUGAUUUAUCUUAUUGUCACUUUUCUGAGACUCCUGGAAUCAUCAGCAAAGCCAAAACUCAAAUGCCAACGAAUUAUGUAUGAAGUAAAAGAAUAUAUUCAUCAAAAGAAACUUCCGCUAUAUUUGCAGAACAAGUUGAUUUUUUAUUACGAGUAUCGUUACCAAGAUAGUUUUUUUAAGGAGAGUAUUAUAUCUGACACACUUUCAGAUCAUUUGAACCAAGAAAUUUUAUUCCAUAGCAGUCAAAGAUUGUUAGAUACUGUGAUUCUUCAUAAUUUGCCUCGCAAUAUCCUCAGUGAUUUAAUAAAUUCAUUGAAGCUGAUUAUAUAUCUAAAGGACGACGUAAUUUAUGAAGCCGGCAUUGAAAGUGAUUGCAUGUAUUUUAUAGCUAGCGGAACCGUCGCACUGAUCACAUUCUCCGGUAAAGAAAUAUAUCAUCUUGAAGAUGGUGAUCAUUUUGGCGAGACUGGCUUAAUCUAUUCAAAUCAACGCAGAGAGGAAUCAGUUAUCGCCUUAGAAGUGUGCGAGCUGCUCCUCUUGCAUCGUCGUGACUUUAAACGCUUUUUUACUGCAAAUUUGGAAUUUUAUAACAAUUUGGUUAAUAUUGCGCAAGAACGUUCAAGAAAAAUCAAAAAGUUGGAAGAAUAAAAUUUAUGUAAAGCAACCAAACUAUAGUUUUAUUCUCUCACUACACAAUUUAAUUGCAAGACAAUUGUAUUGAUCAGUAAAUAAAACUUGAUUUUUUCAAAAAGAACUUUUUUAAAAACAAAUAUGUUAAACAAUUCGGCACCAUAAACGAUAUUAAACAUUGAGACCUUUUACUAAUCUAAAGCAUUAAAAAAUCGUUAAUAAGCUUUGCUCAUUUAUUAAAGCUUAUAAAGAUACCUUUUUUAAUUUAUCUGUUACAUCCUAACGGCCCAAAUAGAAUAUGUUUCUUUAGGGACACAAUUUUAGCCAAUUUUCCCUUUCUAUGGGGAACCUCGCCAGUCGGAAUGGGGAGAAGUGGCGGCAAUAAAGAAAAACUUUUAUGAAGAAAAGAAAAUAGAAUAAUAUUUAUCUACUUUUCACUUAGCUUUAAUAAUAUUAUUGCGCGCAACCGUGGGGAAAGGAAAACUCUUUUAACGCUAUCAAAUCACAACGAUUCUGUACAACCGCGUGAUUGGUCGCGUUCUCGCCUUUCGGACCUGUCGAUAAGCGAGAUAGUUUGUCGCGUAUAUUGGUAGGAAACUCUCGAUUCAGCACGUGGGUAAAAAAAUACACUCAGGUUAGGGCGAACCCAAGGAGGAAAAUCCGAGUCCGCAAGUGCGAGUAAGGUAAAAACCCCCUUUGAAGAAGGUUUUUUAAGAUUAUUUUUUAUUAAGAUUAAUCACAAGAGUACAAGGUUAGGAAGGUGCGAGUAAUUUCAAAGGAAAAUCGUACGUCUCGAUAAUCGCUUUCACAGCGACGCAAAUUGGAAACCUGGCUCCCGCGGACCGGCUGCAGCCGUGGUCGCGCGCGUAGAAUCCAAGGGCCGCUCGAGAUUCCACUCAACCGGCUUACGUGCGGUUGCGUAGAUCGAAUGGCUCGAGAGAGUGCAUAUAAAAGAAUCGAGGCGACUCGAUUAUAUCUACGUAUCACUCAAAGGAAACUUCUAGAAUCUCGCUAAGCUCAAAAGCGAUUAGACUAACUAACUAUAGAUGGUCCGGGAAGGAACUGAGGCGCAUGCCCGGCCGGUACACGUGCCUCCUCUCGCCUCCCCACCGCUCAGCGUCACCGCCGGCGGUACCCAAUAAAAAUCGAUUGCAUGACAACCGAUCUCGUCCGCACGGCGCGUCGCGCGGGAGAUUCGGAUGAACAAUGAAUGUCGCGUGUCGAAUACGAACUCGUCUGUGUUCCGACAGAACAGACUCUAUUCGCCAAAGAUUACAGAGGUACAACGCGACACGUCUUGACCGGCGCGCGAUCCACUUUCAAUUUGUUGUUUAUUCCCGUUUCCCGGCUUUUGACAGCUGACCGCCGCUGCCAUUCGAUAUCACCGAUUGGACAAUUGAUUCGCGGUCGAGGAGUAUACCGGGCAGCGCAUGUAACACUGCCUCCCUCCUCUUCAAGAUUGUCGUCUCGACAAUCCAAAAGACAGUUUGUCGCGCUCUUCAAAAAAGGUGCCCAGGACAAUUUCUUGCCCUCCCCGUACUGCUGUAACGAGUUACCGGGCCACGUCCACCCUCGUAAGCCUUUUUCUAAUUGAAUCCUCUCGAGCGUCCUUCCCCAAAAACCUGGCCAGGCUUCUACGCGGAGAUUGCCGCGCCCGACUCCAGUUUCCCACUGCUUCUUUUUUUCAUCUUGAGCGUUGAGCGCUUCUGUCUUCUUUCUUCGGGAUCAGGGAAGGAAUUAACUUCCGUAGACCUAACCCAACAUAAGAUAACCCAGACCUAACAUAACAAAUUGUGAGGACUCACAUCACCCUCACGGUGUGAUUAUCACACGUGCGUGCAAUCAUAUUGUCCUCACGACGAUCCGGAUGUGAUGGCAACACGUGUGUGUGCGUGGAAGAUGGCACUAUGCAGUCAUGCAUGAGAAGGUUGUGACGUGACAGCCGCAGGCUGCUGUCCGUCACAAGGGCCUCAUUGGCCCUUACGCGUUAACAUCACGCGGGUCCUGCGUCCUCCCGCUCGGGAGCGGAUGCAAAAGCGUGUUGUCUCGUGUUUUUGUGUGUGUGACGUCCCGUGUGUUGUCCGCGUACUAAUCGUUAAGAUUUUUGCGAGCGCUGCAUCGCGAGUGCGACGGAAAUCGGUGACCGCAGCGAUCGAUCUUGUAAUUUUUUGACGUCUCGUCUCGAUGGAGAACAUUCCCGGAGGUCACCAAGUGAGCGGACACCGAGGGAAUAAUGGAGACCCUUUUCGAGCGGGGGUCCGCUGGUAAUACCAUCCUUAUCUUGCCUACAAAUCGUGUCGUUCGAGAAUUCCGGUACUGCCGCUGACUCACGCUUUCAGGAUCUAGCGAAGGCGCAAGACCGGCGCCCCGACGGGGCGACAUCAAAUCCGAUCCCGCACGAUUCCGGCGGAGAUCGCGAUAGCUUGCCAUCAGUAAACGCCCUAGUCGAGAAGAAAAUAACGUCCCGGUGACAAAAGAUGCGCCCGACAAGGGGAAAGGAAUCUGCCGCAGAGGAAGGCGCCAAAAAUUCUCGUGCACGGGGCCCUUAUCGAUCACCGCGCUUGGAUCAAUCAGCCAGCGACACCGCGCUCUGCGCGAAAAUCGAUUUCGGAAAACCGGCUAAUAAGAGCCCGGAGUAUCGGAGGCGAGGUGGAGCGCGUCGUCGGGCGGGAUCCGGGAUUCCUCACUCGAGCUGUGGACGUUGUAUUGUCUUGUGUGUGCGAUCCGGAUCCCGAGCUGAGAUAUCAAGUAAGAAGACGCAGGAGCCGGAAACCUCCCGAUCCGGACGAGGCCGAGACGAAGAAGCCGGCUUGGUGAGACGAGCAUCGCAAAUUGUAAAGCCACCGAUUUUGCGGUUGGACGAUUCACGAUAGAGUCACAAAUUUAUUACGAUCUUGUAGUCAUUAGAUUAGAGUCGCGAAUUUAUUACGCUCUUGUAGUAUUGGAUUAGAGUUACGAAUUCGUUACGAUCUUGUGGUCAUUGGACUGGAGUCACGAAUUUAUUGGAGUAUCGUUGUUUCGCCCGAUCGGGCCCGCCCGCGUGAGUUCGCUCCGUGCUGUUCAUUUCGUAUUGCAAUUACGUUGCGUAUGCGUCCCGAUCCGCAGCCGAGUCAAUUGUAAUUUCGUCCUGUAGUGUCGCGAGUUAUUAACCGCGCUGUAGAUUGUCGCAUUUGUAAUGUAUUGUUAGUAAAAUUGGAUUCAAUCUGUCGCAUCGGCACCGCGAAUCUCUGUCAAUUGCGCUUUCGUCUAAUUUCAUAUUCUUGUCUUAUACCGCCUCGUUGGCGAGCUCAGAAUAAUUAUCGCGCAUAUUACUCGCGAGAUCUUGUAACGUGUGGAAGAGCACGAGUCCGUCGUGUGUAGCGCGGGCUCGGAGUUACUAUUCGUCCCGUUCGCCUUUGGCGAAGCCGUUAUCCUAUCGGGAGUUCGGCGUCCACCAGCGACGCAUGAUAAAGCGUAGACAAGUCGGAGAAUUCCCGCGUACGCAAAAUAAUCCGUCCGUUAAUUAUCUCGUUUCCGCGACAUUUGAUUUCAAGCGGUCGUCAGCUUGCAACGCGCGUGAGUCACCAUUGCCGCCCAAUAGAGCCGUCUAAUUCUGUAUUACUUACUGUCAAAUAUAUUUGUUAAUUUUAUUGUUAAAUUUACGUUGUGUCAAUAGUUCUCUCGCCUUCCCGAUUCCAUCCGUCCGCGCCGAACCUCCCCCUCUACGAUUUUAGGGCUGAGUAGCUGGCUAUCGGAGCCGCUAACGCCCCGGUCAUCUACGAGGCUUAUUUUUUUCGCGACUUACAAGGGAACCUCGC